AUGCCGAUUUCUCGCCAGAAGGCGCAAAAAACGGAUUCUACUCUAUCUAACCAGGCCAAAUAUGCUUCAGAAACACUUGGCCAGGUUCUGAGACUCUUUCCUGUUGAAGCUGAUGAAGAGAGGGGAGAGAGAUGGGGAGGUCAAGAGGAGGCAGCGGCGACGGACUUCGAGUUCGCGGUGUCGCUGUCGCCGACGUCGAGGCGGCCGCUGGCGUUGUCGUCGCAGCAGCUGUGCCCGGCGGACGAGCUGUUCUACAAGGGGCAGCUGCUGCCGCUCCAGCUGUCCCCCCGCAUCACCAUGGUGCGCGCCCUCCUCCUCGCCUCCUCCUCGUCCUCCGCAUCCUCCGACACCACCACCGCCACCACCGCCUCCCGCGACUCCAACGGCAGCACCUCCUCCUCCUUCUCCGCCGAGCUCUCCGCCGCCGACUCCUCCGCCCGUCCCAGCUCCGCCACUGACGAGCCCCUCCCGCCGCACCCGCCGAAGCGCGGCCCCAAAUACCUCUCCUCCUUCGCCUCCCGCUUCUCCUCCGUCUUCCUCCACCGCGGCGGCAGCAAGAAGGACCACCACCUCGCCGACCUCCACGACAUCCCCCUUUCCUCCUCCUCCUCCUCCAGAUCCGCCAAUUAUUCCUCCUCUUCCUCCUCGUCCACAAAAGAAGUGAUCAAGAAGUACGUCAAGAAGGUGAAGCCGCUGCUCUACGAGAAGCUGUCAUCGCUGCAGCAGAUCAGGCAGCAGCAGAAUCAGCAUGAUCAGCAGAAUCGAAACAAGAAAUCCUUCACAUUCUCCAUCAGAAAGGAUAAGUCCGCUGCCAAACGGGCCAACGGCGAUCGUGGCAGCGACGGAAUCUCCGACGGCAGCGGUCGGAGAUCGAAAAUCAUCUACAUGCACUCCAACUCGUUCUCCGGCAACCUCAAGUUCCCAAGAAAGAAGUCCAGCGCUGCCAGCUGCCCCUCUUCGAUGCGCUCGUCGCCAACGCACUCCGGACUCCUCUCCAUAGGCGGCGGGGUCAGCGGUGGCUUCCCAGAUCUCAAUCGAGCUCUUUCGUCGUCGGCGAGCUCGUCGUCCAUGGAGGAGCUGCAGAGCGCCAUACAGGGCGCCAUCGCGCACUGCAAGAGCUCCAUGAUUCAAACAGCUAAUCUUCAGAAGAAGUCGGCGUCCGCUGCAGUAAACAACGACGACUAAUUUAUAAGAUCCGCGGAUCCUAAUGAAUUGACGACGAUCAUCAAAAAAAAGUUUCAGUUUUUACUCCUUUUGUACGUGUUUAGCUUGGGAAAAUUAGAGGUAAUUGAAACUUGUAGUUAGUGGUGGAUCUAUGUUAAGUGUUGAUUCGCUUCUGAUAUUUGCUCGAUUGGUUCGUGUACUUUGCUGUCAAUUUUGUGUGGGAUCAUACAUCUUUGAAAGAUCAAUGAAAUUAUCUUGCAAAUUAUUUAA